AAAUAUUACAUAAGAUUGUAUUUCAAACCAGUUUAAAAAUUAAACUUACUUAGAAUUCUCAAGUAAAGCUCAUGUUCUUUCCCCUAGUCAGAAGCUUCAUGGUGCAGUUGAGCCCGGGGCUGCUUUCCCCUGCAGCUGAUGUGACAGCCGUCUGUGGUUAGCUGUGUGAUUGUGUGCAGCUUGGGGUUACUGCAGGUUAUUCUUUGAAACUAGGACUUCAAGCAAAGCAUCUUGUAUUCCUUUUGCAGAAAUGCUGCUGAAGUGCUGCUGAAAGGGCCAGAGAUGCAAGGAUUUGGGACACAUUUUGAACCUUUAAGCUGUCUGACAUUGACCUCCUUUCAUUGUUAACAAGAAGAAGCAGGAGCUUAGGAUGUAUUAACACCCGUUCCUUAAUGUGCUAACUGGACACUGUUCUGCAACCAUUCCACAUUGUAAAGAGCUGGAUUGGCACAAAAUAAGAUAAUCUCAUAUUUUACUCAGCUUAUAAUAUGACUCGAUGGAGGAAAAUUUGAUAAGCAUGAGGGAAGACCAUUCCUUUCAUGUUCGUUACAGAAUGGAAGCUUCUUGCCUGGAACUGGCCUUAGAAGGGGAGCGUCUGUGUAAAUCUGGAGACUGCCGUGCGGGGGUGUCCUUCUUCGAGGCUGCAGUUCAGGUUGGGACUGAGGACCUGAAAACACUCAGUGCUAUUUACAGCCAGCUGGGCAACGCUUAUUUCUAUCUGCAUGAUUACGCCAAAGCAUUAGAGUACCACCAUCACGAUCUAACUCUUGCAAGGACUAUUGGAGACCAAUUAGGGGAAGCCAAAGCUAGUGGUAAUCUGGGCAACACCUUAAAAGUUCUUGGAAAUUUUGAUGAAGCUGUAGUUUGUUGUCAGCGACACCUAGAUAUUUCCAGAGAACUUAAUGACAAGGUGGGAGAAGCAAGAGCACUUUACAACCUUGGAAAUGUGUAUCACGCCAAAGGGAAGAGCUUUGGCUGCCCUGGUCCUCAGGACACAAGUGACUUUCCCGAAGAAGUGAGAAGCGCUCUGCAGGCAGCCGUGGACUUUUAUGAGGAAAACCUAUCACUAGUGACUGCUUUGGGCGACCGAGCUGCCCAAGGACGUGCCUUUGGAAACCUUGGAAACACGCAUUACCUCCUGGGAAACUUCAGGGAUGCAGUUAUAGCUCAUGAGCAGCGUCUCCUUAUAGCAAAAGAAUUUGGGGAUAAAGCAGCUGAAAGAAGAGCAUACAGCAAUCUUGGAAAUGCAUAUAUAUUCCUUGGCGAAUUUGAAAUGGCCUCUGAAUACUACAAAAAGACACUCCUGCUGGCUCGGCAGCUUAAAGACAGGGCCGUGGAGGCACAGUCCUGCUACAGUCUCGGAAACACCUACACGUUACUCCAGGACUAUGACAAAGCCAUCGACUACCACCUGAAGCACUUAGCAAUCGCUCAAGAGCUGAAGGACAGAAUUGGCGAAGGAAGAGCGUGUUGGAGCUUAGGAAACGCAUACACAGCCCUAGGAAAUCACGAGCAAGCCAUGCAUUUCGCUGAAAAGCACUUGGAAAUUUCAAGAGAGGUUGGGGACAGAAGCGGUGAGCUGACAGCACGGCUGAAUCUCUCAGAUCUUCAGAUGGUUCUUGGUCUGAGCUACAGCACAAAUAACUCAGUAAUGUCUGAAAAUACUGAAAUUGAUAACAGCUUGCACGGUGCACGCCCCAAGUCUGGACGCCGACACAGUAUGGAAAACAUGGAACUUAUGAAGUUAACACCGGAAAAGGUACAGAACUGGAACAGUGAAAUUCUUGCUAAACAAAAACCUCUCAUUGCCAAACCUUCCACAAAGCUGCUCUUUGUCAACAGAUUGAAGGGGAAAAAAUACAAAACUAAUUCCUCCACUAAAGUUCUCCAAGAUGCCAGUAAUUCCAUUGAGCACCGAAUUCCGAAUUCUCAGAGGAAACUCAGUGCAGACACUGUUGGAGAUGAAGGGUUUUUUGACCUAUUAAGCCGAUUUCAGAGCAACCGGAUGGAUGACCAGAGGUGCUGCUUACAAGACAAGACCUGCGGGACGGCUUCCAGCGCAGCUCCGUCCACUCCCCCAAGAGUGAUGCUAAAACCAUCCUCUGUCUCCGUGGUGUCCCCCAACACGGAUGAGUUUCUAGACCUUCUUGCCAGCUCACAGAGCCGCCGCCUGGACGACCAGAGGGCCAGUUUCAGUAACUUGCCAGGGCUUCGUCUGACACAAAACAACCACCAGUCAGUCCUGGGCCACCUGAUGACGAACGACAAGGAGCCUGACGAAGACUUCUUUGACAUCCUUGUAAAAUGUCAAGGGUCCAGAUUAGACGAUCAAAGAUGUGCUCCGCCACCCGCUGCCACGAAGGGACCCACGGUACCAGAUGAGGACUUUUUUAGCCUUAUUUUACGGUCUCAGGCGAAAAGAAUGGAUGAACAGAGAGUUCUUUUACAAAGAGAUCAAAACAGAGACACUGCAUUUGGACUGAAGGACUGUUUGCAAAGCGAUGCUCUGUUGGAAUUUAAAAGUUCAGGAAGAAAAUAAGCAAACCUCUAGUUACUGUGGAUGUAUUUUUUUACAGUAACCCUGUUUCCUUUCAGAACACUGCAAGGAAAUUCAACCUACUUCUUUUCCUUAAAAGGAGAAGUUCCAGCACUGUAAUGCAGCUUCAAGGCUGUGAGGGUGCGUAAGUACUUAACCUUUGUACAGCAGGAGUGUGAGGGACACUGUUGGACACUCACGUGCUUUGGUGGAGGGGUCUGCUGAUAAGGUGCUUCAUCAGCUUCCGUGACCCCUGCUGGGACUGUUCUCUGGCAGCUUGUUAGAUCCUUUACCUCUGUUUGUAAAGUAGAAAGUUAAAUGAACUCUAAUCCUCCUCAUCGACUAUGGCUUUUUUUAUAUGUAACCACCAGUGUAGAGAAAUUAUCCUGUCUAUAGUCUCAAAAAAAAAAAAAUCUAUGUUCUCCCCCUCCAACAAAAUCUGUGUAUUUUCAAUAUAUUUUUAGGCCAAAGCCAUUAUAAAAGAGACUUUUAAGAAAUAAAGUUCUUUUAGCUUGUU